AUGUACCCCAUCCUGCGCUGCUUCCGCCGCCUCAACAUCCCUCUGCCUACCAAUAUCCCCACCUCCCCCACCCACCUCAUCUCUCCUUUAAAACACGGCAUCUCGUCCGCCUUGACCCGGUUCGACCGCUCCCUCUCCCCUCGAGACACGCUCGCUCGGCUAGCAGCGCACGAGUGGUCUAUCUCCAACACCCUCCCCCUCGUUUUCCUCUUCCUCUCCGCCGGGGCGUCAUGGUGGAUCAUGACCGAUCCUGGAAUGCCGCUCAAACUCGUCAUUCCCGUCGGAUACGCCCUGGCCAUGCUGUUCCCAGCAACGAACCAAUUCUUCUGGCCCGCCACCCCCAUUCUCGCAUGGGUCAUCACGUUCUUUGCCGCUCGAUUCAUCCCCGCAGCACAUAGGCCGACUAUCCACGUCGCGCUCCUCCCGGCGCUAGAGUCGGUACUCUACGGCGCCAACAUUUCGGACUUGCAGACCCGGUUCACACAUCCAAUCCUGGACGUACUGGCGUGGUUACCGUAUGGGGUGCUUCAUUUUGCGCUGCCGGCAGUGGUGGCGUUCUUCUUGUGGGCGCUGGGGCCGAGGGGAGCGGUGCAGUACUGGGGGAAGGCGUUUGGGUGGAUGAAUCUGCUGGGCGUAUUGACGCAGCUGGUCUUUCCGUGUGCCGCUCCAUGGUACGAGAUCAUCCACGGCCUCACGCCCGCCGCCUACUCUAUGCCCGGCUCGCCCGGCGGUCUCAUGCGUAUCGACGCCGUCUUCCACUCACACGGCUACACCGAGACAUUCGGACACGCUCCACUCGUAUUCGGCGCCUUCCCCUCCCUCCACUCCGGCUGCGCAGUCAUGGAGGCCCUCUUCCUCUCGCACUUCUUCCCCUCCGGCAAGAUCUUCUACUGGGGUUACUGCGGCAUUCUCUGGUGGGCGACCAUGUACCUCUCGCACCACUACCUCAUCGAUCUCGUCGGCGGGGCGUGCCUCUCGGUCGUCGUGUUCUACUUGACGAUGCCGGUGGCGUUCAAGGACAGCGACGAGAUUCGGUGGGAGGAGACCGGAUCGGGGUAUGAGAUGGUUGGGCGGAGGCAAGAGGAGGAGGAAGAAGAGCUGGAUCUGGAUGAGGAGAUUAGGAAGGGUGGGGAUGUCGAGGAGGCGGAUCAGGUGGCGGGGAAGGGGAAGAAGAAGGUCAGCUGGGGGGAGAACGAGGUGUUCAAGGGGGGAUCGCCAAGACCCAGUAGUGAAUGA